CGUCCUACGACACCCACAAACCAACAAACAUGUUCUGCAAAAUCUUUGCUGUGAGCGCUGUGUUGGCUACGGCCAGUGCUGGUCUGCUAGGCCACGGUGGUGCCAUCUCCUCUCAGAGCAUCGUGCGCCAUGAUGAGGGCGGUUACAACUCCUACGUACACGGUGCGCCUUUCGGGCACUACUCUGGUUCCGUGGCUCACUACGGCGCUCACAUCGCUCCCUUCGCCGCUGGAGCAGGACACUACUCAGGACCUGGCGCCUACUACGGUGGACAUGAUGAAUUUGCUUACCCCAGAUACAACUUCGCCUACUCCGUGGCCGACCCCCACACCGGCGACCACAAGUCCCAGCACGAGAGCCGCGACGGAGACGCCGUGCACGGCUCCUACUCCCUGGUGCAGCCCGACGGCUCCGUGCGCAAGGUCGACUACUCCGCUGACGCGCACCAUGGCUUCAACGCUGUUGUACAUAACUCCGCCGUACAUCAUGGCUUCGCUCACGGCUACCGACAACGGACAUCAAUCAACACUUCAACGUCCUACGACACCCACAAACCAACAAACAUGUUCUGCAAAAGCAUCGUGCGCCACGACGAGGGCGGUUACAACUCGUACGUCCACGGCGCGCCUUUCGGGCACUACUCUGGCUCCGUGGCGCACUACGGCGCUCACAUCGCUCCCUUCGCCGCCGCCGCAGGACACUACUCGGGACCUGGCGCUUACUACGGCGGACACGAUGAAUUUGCUUACCCCAGAUACAACUUCGCCUACUCCGUGGCCGACCCCCACACCGGCGACCACAAGUCCCAGCACGAGAGCCGCGACGGAAACGCCGUGCACGGCUCCUACUCCCUGGUGCAGCCCGACGGCUCCGUGCGCAAGGUCGACUACUCCGCUGACGCGCACCAUGGUUUCAACGCCGUUGUGCACAACUCCGCGCCCACCGUACACCAUGGCUUCGCUCACGUACUAGUAAAAAUGUUCAGCAAAAUCGUAGCCAUCAGCGCCCUCCUGGCCGCGGCCAAUGCUGGUCUCUUAGGCCACGGACACGCCGUCUCUUCACAAAGCAUCGUCCGUCACGAUGAGGCCGUUGUACACGCCGCCCCUGUAGCCCACUACGCCGCUCCCGUCGCCCACUACGCCGCCCCCGUCGCCCACUACGCCGCCCCCGUCGCCCACUACGCUGCUCCUGCUGCGCACUAUGACGGUCAUGAUGAAUACGCCCACCCCAAAUACGAUUUCUCCUACUCCGUGGCUGACCCCCACACCGGCGACCACAAGUCCCAGCACGAGAGCCGCGACGGAGACGCCGUGCACGGCUCCUACUCCCUGGUGCAGCCCGACGGCUCCGUGCGCAAGGUCGACUACUCCGCUGACGCGCACCAUGGCUUCAACGCCGUCGUGCACAACUCCGCCCCUGCUGCGCACCCCGCCCCCGCUGUGCACGUCGCUCCCGCUGUACACGCCAUCCCUGUUGUACACGCCGCCCCCGUUGUACACGCUCUCCCCGUGGUUCACGCUGCCCCUGCUCAUGGUUACCAUCACUACUGAAUGACUAAUAAUUAGUUUAAUUAAUUUAUAUAUCGAAAUGUUUGCCUGUCUUGUUAUGUUCAUUUAUGUACAGUAUGUUUUGUAAAUAUAUGAGUGUGAUAAAAUAAAUAAACAGAUCAAAUGUA